UGUGAGGGUUGUGGGUGAGAGAUGUGGGGGAGAACUCCAUUUAUUGGCACUUUAUAGGACGCAGAGGUAGAUAACGGUAUUAAGAGAAUUCAUGAAUGUCUGGCGCUUGUAUUGAUAUCAAUAUUGUGAGACUUUCUUGCAAGAUGUAUCCGAUACGGACUGUUUUACCUGGGUGCGAGGAGUAAGCAGGCAGAGUGACACCAGCUGAGUGACACAAGGCUCUGUAAACCGGCGGAGAAACCAAAAGAAGUAAUUGCUUGCUGCUGUGCAGUGAAUCCCUGAGCAGUCUUUUGUUGAUGAGCUAUAUUCCCACUUUCUUAGAAUGAUGUAUGUGCUGAAAAACCAUGCCAUAAACAACAAGUUCCUGCUUUAAGCAUUUCCCAAAGACCUCACAUCUUGUGCAUCAGAUCAUAUCAGAAUAGCCCAGAACCGUCUUGAAAAUUUGCUACAAUGCCAGCCAUAUAAGUGAAUGGCCCAUCAGGUGUGAAUUAUACUUUUCAUGCCAGUUUCAAUGCUUUCAAUUUUCUUGCAUUGCAUCAUAUUUGUCUUGCUACCCAGGUGAAUGCCGCUGCCUAGCCCUCUGGCGGCCCACACGCGUCUGCUGGGCGUCAGGAUGGACUCGGCAAACCUGGUGGCCGGCUUCGGCUUGGGCGCCGUGAUUGGCUGGCUGCUGUGGCGACCGGCGCCUGCACCCGCGCGCGCCCUCUGCUCCGCGCCGACAGACCGGCCGCGCGUCGUCGCCGUCGCCGAGCACGACGACUUGAAACUGGUGCUGGUCGUGCGCAUGGACCUGAAGAUGGGCAAGGGCAAGGUGGCGGCGCAGUGUUCGCACGCCGCGCUGGCCGCCUACAAGCAGGCGGCUCGCCAGACGCCCGAGUGGCUGGCCGAGUGGGAACGCCGUGGCCCGGCCAAGGUGGUGCUCAAGACGGAGGACGAGUACGCGCUGUACCGGGUGGAGCGGGACGCGCGCGCCGCCGGCCUCGUCACGGCCGUGAUUCAGGACGCGGGCCGCACGCAGAUCGCGCCCGGCAGCGUCACCGUGCUGGGCGUGGGCCCGGCGCCGGCCCAGCUGAUCGACCAGGUCACCGGCCACCUCAAGCUGUUGUGAUGCCGGCUCACGUAGGCUGGGCGCCGCCUGGUGUCGUUAACGCUGGGCGGUGCGGGUGUUACUCGUUGAGGGAGGCGGGACUCACCGGUGAAAUCCCCGGGAAAUCAACGGCCAUGGUGGUCGGUUUACGUUUACGUUUUAGGUGGCACAAGUGUUAUCGCACAGAUACGAGGCUGAACAGUGGUUCAUAGUUGACAAGCUGAGAGCUAUUGAUACUUUUACAAGCAAUGCCUACAGGCUUGGGGAACACACGUUUUAGACUCUGCACACGUUUGUUCCGAGCGGAUCGGCGCGACCCCGCGUGUCAGCCAUGUUCUGCAUGUGCUGCCGCCUAUGUGCAAAUGGCUGAUUUGUCCGAACAUUACCGCAUGGUUACAUGGUUACGGGCGAUGUGCAGA